AUGUCCUCCCAGACCACGGUCGUCGCAACCGCAGCGGCGGCGGCACUAGCUACGGGCGUGCUCGCCUACGCAGUAUGGUUCGACUACCGCCGGCGCACGCAGACCGAGUUCCGGAGAGAGCUGCGCCGCAACGAGAGGAGACAGCAUCGCCUCGAGAAGGGCCAGGCUCAAGCCAACGCAGAAGCCCAGAAGCAAGCUAUCAAGCGGGCGGUUGACGAGGCAAAGGAGGAGGGCUUCCCAAGUUCCUCUGAGGAGAAGGAGCAGUACUUCCUCGAGCAGGUCCAGACCGGCGAGGUCCUCGGUGCGGAUCCCUCCAAGGGUAUCGAGGCUGCGCUCGCGUUCUACAAGGCCCUCAAGGUAUAUCCAACGCCUGCCGACCUGAUCAACAUAUACGACAACACAGUCGCCAAGCCGAUUUUGGACAUCCUGGCCGAGAUGAUUGCGUACGACGGAACCGUUAGGGUCGGUGGCUCCCCCGGCUCCGGCGUCGACGUAGCCGAGAUGAUGCGCCAGAUGGGCGAGAUGAGCGAGCUGGGCGGAAUCCCGGGCGUGGGACUUGACUAG